UCGAGAGUGUCGAAAAUGUAAAAAAUAAAGCUACCAAAAGAUUUUUGAAAGGUAAAGGUGAAUCUCGCGCGUGAUUGGACAGAAAGCGAGGCUACGUUUGUCUUUGGUCACGUGAUUUCUACAUUCCCCGGUGCCUCCGAGCAAAUGUUACUAAGUAACUUACAUACGAGUUGAAAGGAGCGGCGCGAGGACCGUCUGCUCUUUGAUGAAGCCGCAGCAAUGCUAAGCGUAGAGCAGAGAAACUUCAGCUAAAGCAUCGAUCUCAUCAGGCUGCUGUCGAUCUGAUACUAAUAUCAGCGUCUGUAUUGAUACUAUCGAUUUUAGGAUCGAUCCGCUCACACCUGUCGUGAAGGUUUCGCGCUGAAAUACCCGAGAAUGAGCAGAUGGCCUGUCAGUAAUGACCUGAAGCUGGACUCAUGAUACAGUCCUUCCAGAGAACUGACUUCACAGCUGUGCUUUACAUGCUGAGAGCCAAUGGAUCCAUGGCAAGAUCCCGCUGGGAGACCUGAGGAUCCUGUGUUUCAGGGAUGGGAUGAUCCUGUCUUCUCAGAACAGGAAUAUCUGGAUUUAUACACAGCGCUUUCUGAAUCCGCAGCCGAUCAGAGGAAGCAGGAGCAGGUGAAGAAUGAGGAAACAGCUGGAACACCUGCUGGACCAGAGCUGAAACCACCUGUCACUCACAACAACGGCGUGAAGGUGAUGCUGACAGACGAUAAAACCGUGACACUGAGUAAUCAAGACGCUUGGAGCAUCACUUUAAUAGAUUCUGCACAAGGCAGUAACAGCAGAACUGCAUCGCUCUGCGAGUCAACAUCACAACUGCUAUCAGAAUACAGGCUCAAUCAUGACAAGUUCAGCUCGAGCGUGGUGUGGGCCCGUGUGGCCCCUGUGCACGAGUCUCUCCUGGAGUCCGCUGAGCUUCUCUUCCAUGUGUCCGUGCCCUGGCUGCCCGUGGAACUGCCGUACAGAAGCAGAUUAAACAGCACAGCCCAGGAGCUGAUGGAGGCGGUUCUGGUGACUCUAGAUCAUUCUUCCUCUGUCAGUGGACAAUACCUGAUGAAACUCUGCGACUCAGAGGAGUAUCUCAGAAGUGUUGUAUUUUUGGUGUUGUAUGAAGGAGUGGAGGUGUAUCAGAAGUUUGCUCUGGAUGUUCCAGUGAGGAUGGUGCUCAAGGACUCCGCUGACAAAACACUGACGCGAGAUGAGGAAGACGACUGGCAGAUGUUUCAUUUUAAUCAAGUCCUCGCUUCUGCUUGUGCAGUCAGCACUAUGAGGACGUCUCUGCAGGAGAAGCUGAGCAGCUACAGCCAGGCUGUAAACAAGCUCUUGAGAAGCUGGUGUGGUGUCGGUGGGAGGGAGGUUGCGGAGAGCGUUCAUGCCGUGUGUGAGCAGCUGUGUGGCGUCACUACAGUAGAUCUGGAGGAAGCCGUCGGCCGGAUCCAGCGCUUCGCUCCAGUCACACUGACUCCGGUCGAAAUGUGCGACUGUGAAACCGCUGUAGUCAUGCUCCAUCACGCUCUGCUGAAGCUGCUCCACAUUUUCUUCACAAACUUUGAUUUGGACUUCAGAGGACAGGAGGACCAUCCGAAUCCACCAGCAGCAGACGUCAAGCACUCCAGCUGCAUGCUGCAGGUCAACCUGACGUGUCUCUACAGACUGCUGCCCGGCUGGAUAAACAGUUACGAUCACUUGAGUGUGAGCUGCUCGCUCACAUACUGCGGCAGGAAUCUGACUGAACCUGUGCUGUCUGAGAACAUCAGCACGUCCCUGCAACUCAGCUGCAAGAUCCAGUGCAACCGUCUAUUGGUGUUUCCGGUUCCAGUACAGGAGCUUCCGUACGAGUCAAUGCUGACUUUUCAUCUGCUGGGCUCAAAACAGGCCAAAAACCCCGAGCUCCUGUGCUGGGCGGUCCUUCCUCUUUUUAACAACAGGACUCUGGUUCACGGCACGGUUCUGCUCAGUAUGUCCACACAGGUGCCUCCGGUCAGUCCUCCGUCACCGGCGCUGAGCGACGGCCAUCGACAGCCCACUGGAGUCAUUCUACAGAUUGAUUUCCCGGAGUCUGAGCAGUGGCGAUAUGAGCGAGCGGCGGCUCGGCCCGAAUCAGUCCUGGACUCAGCGCUGUGUGAAGAGCUGCAGAAGAGAGUGACAGAAGUGUGUCAGAAGCACAGCCUGUCGCUCAUGACUGAGAAUGAGAAGGCCUUCCUGUGGAGCAAGCGGCACAUCUGCAGCCGGAGGAACUCGUACCUGCACUUGGUUGUGGGCAGCGCGCCGCAGUGGAGACCUCAGAACCUGCCGGAAAUAUACUCGGUCCUGGAGCGCUGGAGCCCCGUGAGCGCUGAGGAAGCCCUGUUCCUCCUGAGUGAUGAGUUUCAUGACCAGCGCGUGCGGUCAGUGGCGGUCCAGUGUUUCCAGCAGAUGUGUGACAGUGAGCUGGAGGAGUUUCUGCCGCAGCUGGUGCAGGCUCUGAAGAUGGAGUGGGAAAUCGACGGGCCGUUGAUGAAGCUUCUGCUCUCAAGAUCGCUGCACUGCUUCCGUAUCGCUCAGCAGCUGUACUGGUUACUGGUGGACGCUCUGGACGACUGGCUCUAUAAGAGCUGGAUGAAUAAGGUUCUGUCUGCGCUGAAGCACUGCUGCGGUCGCGCUCUCAGACAGCAGCUUCAGCACCAGAGCAGAUUGGUGGAUCUUCUCACUCAAGUGGCAGAGAAAAUCCGCACCGCUGACAAGAACAAGAGAAAGGACGUGUUCAGCCGAGAGAGAUUGAAGAUUGUGAGCUUUUUUGCUGAUGGACAGCCCUGCAGGCUUCCGUUAGAUCCCGCGGUCGUGGUCAAAGAUGUGGAUAUUGAGUCUUUUAAGGUUUUUAAUUCAAACGCAGCGCCUGUGGAAGUGUCCUUCAUCACCGCUGACCCGCUGGGCCAGAAAUACAGCCUCAUCUGCAAAACCGGAGAUAACCUGCGGCAGGACAUGCUGGUGCUGCAGAUCGUCCGUCUUCUGGACCGCAUCUGGAGACAGGAGGGACUGGACAUGAGGAUGGUCACCUACAGAUGUAUUUCCACUGGACGAGAUCAAGGUUUGGUGGAAGUGGUGCGUGACGCGGUGACGCUGGCGAAGAUUCAUCAGGAGUGGGGUCUGUCUGGAGCGCUGAGGGAAGACACCUUAGAGAAAUGGUUCCAUAUGAGGAACAAGACCAAAGAGGACUACGAGAAGGCUGUAAUGAACUUCCUUCACUCCUGCGCCGGCUGGUGUGUGGCCACGUUCAUUCUGGGCAUCUGCGACCGCCACAACGACAACAUCAUGAUCAAACACAGCGGUCACAUGUUCCACAUCGACUUCGGCAAGAUCAUGGGCAACGCGCAGAAGUUCGGCAGCAUCAAGAGGGACCGGACGCCCUUCAUCUUCACGCCAGAGAUGCAGCGCUUCAUCACGGGCGGCGGCGAGAAUCCGCAGCGCUUCCACCGCUUCGUGGAGCUGUGCUGUGACGCGUACAACCGUCUGCGCAGACGCUCCGCUCUGGUGCUCGCGCUGCUGCAGCUGAUGCUGCCGGCCGGCUUGCCCGAGCUGAAGGACAUCCAGGACCUAAAAUACGUCCACAACAAACUGAGGCCUCAUGACUCGGAGCUGGAAGCCACUUCAUAUUUUACCAAAAAAAUUAAAGAGAGCAUGGAGAGCUUCCCAGUCAAAAUAAACUUCCUCAUCCACAAUAUGGUGCAGUUUUCCUCCACCAAACAUUCAGAAGCGCCGGCUAAGAGCCAGAUCUCCUCCAACACCAACAUUCAGGAGGCCGUGAUCCAGAAAUACACCGUCAACGGCAAAGAUGUGACGUACGAGCUGAAGGUGACCAUCGAGGACGGAUUCCUGGUGGUUCAGAAGAGCUUUGCUCAGUUUGAGAUGCUUCAUAAGCUCCUGCAGAAGCACUUCAUCGAGUCCACGCUGCCGAGGUUCCCGAGCUGGUUUAACAUGUCCUUCACACCGGGCAGGAAGAUGUCUCUGCUGAACAAGUACCUGAAGGAGCUGUUUGAAGGACCCUGCAAAGGGAACGAAUACGUCUGCAGCCUGUUUCUGGACGGACCAAACGCUGCGGUCAAGUCAGAGACAGACGCUCACCUCCGGCCGCAGAUUCAGCUCUACCUGUCUUAUAAAGACUACAAGUUAUCUGUGAUGAUAAAGCAUUUGAAAAAUAUUAGGCUGUCUAACGGCUCGUGUCCGGACGCAUAUGUGGUCACACGACUAAGACCCGACCCACAGGACAAGACCAAGAGGAAGACCAAAGUGGUCCGCAGCAAUGACAACCCCACGUUCAAUGAGCUGAUCGAGUACAGGAACGUGCUCAACCUCCACGGACACGUGCUGGAGGUGACGGUGAAGAGCAGGAAGACUUUUGUAGCGGCUACAAACGUGGUUCUGGGAGAGCGAGUCCUGGACCAGGAGAAGUGGUUUCCUCUGGGCUUCUCGGCCGUCUAAAGAUCAGCAUCACCGAAGCCCUCGAGUGAACGUGAAGGCUUUCACAGAAGCAGCAGCUGUGUGCUUCUGAUGGAGGAGAUCAGUAUUAAUGAAGGCCCGGUUCUGCUCCACUGUCACCUGAUGGAGUCUAGGUUUAAAGACACACUGUCAUGGUCUUAUUCUCUGUAGAGCUGUACUUCAAGUUAUAUUUGAAACUGAACUUGGUGACACUUACACUGGUUUUACUGUGAAGCUGCUUUGAGGCCAUUUUUAUCGUAUGAAGUGCUAUAUUAAUAAAACUUGAAAAAUAUAAAUGGGUUUUUUAGAUCUUAAAAAUCCAUUGAGCAGUUUCUGAAAUAUGAUGUAACCGUCAGCGGGAAGGUUUCGGGACAUGGCCUUUGAGGAGUUAAUGAUAUGGAGAAGACAUUGUAUCAUGUUUUAUGUAUAAAAAAAUAAAUAAAUAAAAGCAGUUUAUGUCUGAGCAUCAAA